AAACUAAUCACACUUCGCACUUUCUCCUCUCAACACACUCCCCGGAGAUGCAACUGUCUCUCCUCCCCCUUCUCCUCCUCGUCGCACUAUCUCCUCCGGCGACUUCUCACUACUCAUCCUCAUCCUCAACCUCAUCUCCUUCUUCUUCCUCCGUCUCAGAAUGGCGACCCGCUCGAGCCACCUACUACGCGGCCACGAAUCCUAGAGACGAGGUGGGAGGAGCGUGUGGAUACGGAGAUCUAGUCAAAUCUGGAUACGGUAUGGCUACGGUUGGUCUGAGCGAGACUCUGUUUGAGCGUGGUCAGAUCUGUGGUGCUUGCUUUGAGCUCAGAUGUGUUGAUGAUCUACGCUGGUGUAUCCCUGGAACUUCGAUUAUUGUCACGGCUACGAACUUUUGUGCUCCUAAUUACGGGUUUGAACCCGAUGGUGGUGGUCACUGUAACCCUCCGAAUAAACAUUUCGUUUUGCCGAUUGAAGCGUUUGGGAAGAUCGCUAUUUGGAAAGCUGGGAACAUGCCCGUGCAGUAUCGUAGGAUAAACUGUAGAAGGGAAGGGAGCAUUAGGUUUACAGUAGAUGGUGGAGGCAUUUUCAUUUCGGUUCUGAUCACCAAUGUUGCUGGUUCCGGGGAUAUAACUGCUGUGAAGAUCAAAGGGUCAAGAACAGGGUGGUUACCAAUGGGUCGUAACUGGGGACAGAACUGGCAUAUCAACGCUGAUCUCAAAAACCAAGCUCUCUCGUUUGAAGUAACUGCUAGUGACAAAUCAACCGUGACAGCUUACAACGUCGCUCCUAGAAACUGGGAUUACGGACAAACCUUUGAAGGCAAACAAUUCGAGACUCCGUAAGACACAGAGAUGUCUCGUGAAUUUUUUUGUUACUGGUGAGAAUUUUUUGAUGGCAAGUAUAUGUAAUCUUAAUCACACACAAACAUCAUUACUGUAAUCUAUUUUGUUUACAUUACCAAGGAGCAAAAGCUUCCUCUCAUAUGCUUAAAGCCAAUGGUUACCAAAACCAUGAAAAGAAUGUAUUACAUAACUUCAAAGUCGAAAGAUAUUAAAACCUAUAACCAAGAAUGUAAAGUUUACUUAGAUCAUUUAAACCAAAAGGAUCAUCGUGUGUUGUAAAAAAAACUCCUAUGAACAUCCCAUUUCUCAUUAAAACCUCUACUCCAAACAUUUAAAAAAGGAAAGAAAAAAAAAAAAAAAACCUGUAUCAUCAUCACAGACCUCUCAUAAAGUUUGAUGAGAUUCAAUAAGCAAAGCGUUGAGCAUAACAUGAACAGCAGCAUCAUACACCGCAGAGUCAUAAUGCAUCCCAUCAAGUGUACACUGCGGUCCACAGUUCCAAGUAAAAGACUGAACAUCAAGCAAAAUAAGCGGCCCACCCAUCUGACGCAAGAUCUUACUCUCCCCUAACGAUCUAUCAUACUCAUGCCACACAGUAUCACUCAUCUUCUCCUUCUUCUCAUCACUAUUCAACAUCCCAUUAAUCAAAACCGGCAUCCCUAUCCAAAACAUAUGCGUAGAUCUACUAACUGCUCCUUCUUGCCCCUUUAAGGGCACUAGAGACUCAACAUGACUCCUCAACUCCUUCAACUGAAACCCAAAAUCAGAAGCAUUGUUGACAUGAAGCAUAUGCCAUAACCCACUCCCCAUAAUCACAACGUCCGGAAACUUGUUCCUCUUCUUAUACGACACAACGAGAUCAUCAAGAUCUUUCUCAUAAGGAGCCCACACAAAGUCCAACUUCAUCCCAAUCUCCUUAACCACAACACUGUAAUCACUAUGCCUCUUAAACAACUCCUCUCUAACCAAACCCAUAUCUUCAGAACCCGAACCAAACACGAGACUCAACAAAGACAAGGCCACAAACCUCGCCUGGGAGUCCCCAGCAACAACAACCCAAGACCCAUUCAACAACUCAGAGACAUCCAACUUAUCCAACUUCUGAAACUCACAUCCCAAAACUUUCCUAGAUUUCACCCAAUCCCAAUUCUUCUCAAAGUUAUCAACCUUCGAACCGUUUGUGUUCCCACGGUUCUGUCUCGGCUUAACAUCCCAGACGAUCUGGUUCACCUCGUUGAUGCACGAGACACGGUGAUCGUAGACGACGACGGAGGAGACGGAGGCAACGAUGUCGGAGACGGAAGGGAAGUAAGGAGUGAGGUGGACGCAGACGGCGAGGGAGAUGAAAAGAGCGCCGCUGAAGAAGAGCAUCUUGUGUCUGCUUAGGUGCCAACCAGCCAUAGCCAUGGGGACGAAGAGGACGAAACAAGCUGCUAAUACUCCGAAAUGGAUCGCUCCUAGCAUCUGUCUUCGAUCGGAGGUUUCAGACACAUCUAAAGAUCAGAUCUUUUAAUCAAAAGCAAACGAAUCUUCAUAUAGAUUUUUUAUUUGUUCUUGUGUAAUUGAAAAGGUAGGGAUACGAGUUUGGUUUGGUGGAGAGAUUCAAUCGAGAUUGUAAAUAGAAUUGAAGGCAAAGAUGAAAGCUUGGUGGAAUUGGAAAGGAACAGAACAACCGUAGGUU